UCUUUUUCCUUAUUUUACAGUAUACAGAUAGACGUCACCUUCCUCUUGCAACUCUGAAGAAGCUACCUUCUUUGUCACUCGCUAUCAGUUGAUUUUCCCCGGUCGAUUAGAGUCCUUAAAAGAAAUGGAAGGAAAACCAAAUCGAUCAAAUGCUGCCAUUGGAAAUAAAACUUCCUUCUCAAAGAAGACAUCAAAAAGGGUUUGGGAUUCUAUAGCAGCUUAUACUGUUCAGUGUGAAAGAUGCUCUAAAUGGAGGUUCAUUCCCACAAAGGAGAAGUACGAGGAGAUACGAGAAAGGCUAGCAGAACAACCCUUUUUUUGUGAAACGGCACGUGAAUGGCGCUCUGACUUAAGUUGUAAUGAUGAACCAGAUGUUAUGCAAGAUGGAAAUUGGCGUUGGGCAAUAGACAAACCCAGUAUUCCUCAACCUCCUCCUGGUUGGCAACGGAUUUUACGAAUCAGAGCUAAAGGAGGCACUAAAUUUGCUGAUGUCUAUUAUGUUACACCAUCAAGCAAGCGAUUACGAUCAAUGACGGAAGUUCAGAGUUACCUGAUCGAACAUCCAGAAUACCCAGGUUUAACAGCAUCACAGUUUUCAUUUCAAAUUCCAUCACCUUUGGAGGAAAAUUACGUGCGGAAGCGUCAUGCUCGUUCUAUUACUUUGCAUGGUGACGCUAUGAUGCCAGUCAAUCCCACAUCUUGGGUUGUUCCAGACCAGAGCAGAGACUUGCACUUGGGUGGGGUAGGGAACUCUACUUCACAUGUUGAGGAUCCUGCUCAAAGUUGAGGUUUGUGAAGGCAGCAGCGCAUGCUGAGAUCAUUUAUUUGAACUGAUGCAGAAAUCUAUUUCAAGGAAAAGCCUGUGAAUAUAUAGAUGUGUUGGUUGAUUCUCUAGUUUUCUGUUCUAAAUGACUAAAUCCCGCUUAUGUGAGGAAAACUAUCCAAGUUUCUUCAUCGACUGUCUUAGUAUUGAUUUCACGACGACACUGUGAAACUAUUACAGACGAUAAUUUAUGUUUUCUUGUUUCCAAUGUUGUUACUUUCAUAACAAAUGGAAUGAUGUUAAAGUA